UGUAAAAUUACCGUUUUGCUUUUGACUGUUUGACUGUUUGUUUGUCGUUUGCUUAUGAAGCAAAUAUUUUAUUAUUAAAAAAACAAAAUUGAGCUCUUUAUUUAUCUUACUAAUAGCCAAUUAUGGAAUUUUAGUAUACAUUUGUUGAAUUGCCAAAAAGGCAAAAAGAAUAUCAGAAUUUCGUAAUAAUGAAUAAGAAGCCACUCUAUCCAUCUAGUGAGGAAGAGGACUAUUUCGACGCUUCGGAAAAUGCCCUAAAUAACAGAUUACAAAAAAAUAAAGUCGUAAUUCUAAAACCGAGGAUUGAACGAAAAUUACUAGAAGAAUUACCAUUUGAUAAUCAAAACAAAAAAGAAUGCGAGAAUAUUUCGAUGGUAAAAACGAACUCAAAUGAUAUUUUCGAAAAGAAUUGCAAAUUCAAACAAAAGUCCACAGUAAAAGUUGAUGAAAAAUCACAAUCGUUACCUACUGAUGAAUGUAAAUUUCAAGAUGAGGUCAAUUUCGCAAAAAGUAUCAUUUCAGAUGCAAAUGCGUCCGAACGGAGCCAAUUUCUCCAAUUUUUAAUCAAUGGCAAUGGAAAAUUAUAUUUGGCCACUUUGAGAAGAAACAAAAUCGAUUUCUCCCUCAUUUCUUCUAUUAUUAAUAAAACAAAUCCACAGGAGGUGGAAAAAGUUUUUCUCUAUUUGUACAAAGUUUUAUUCGACACUCAUGGAAACAAAACGGAAAAAUUGAAGAUUUUCGAAAAACACGGAUUUUGUGUUAAAAAACUAUCGAAAAUACUCGCCGGUUCAGGAUCGAAGUUUCCAACCACUUUUCUCGCUCUCUCAACACUUUGGUUCGAUAAUUACGAUAGUUCAACAAAUUGUCUAAGAAUUCUUGAAAAAGAGGGAAUUUCCUCAUCGCAAAUAUCGAAUUUAUUCGAAAAAACGGGAGAAUCUUGUAUUUAUAGAUUUCAACAAUUCUAUAAAUUUUUAUUCACCGAGAGCGGAGAGAAGAAACAAACAUUGAAGAAUUUAGAGGCAAACGGAAUUAAUUUGUCAUUAAUAUGUGACGUUUUGUAUGAAUCAACGGAAAAAUUUCCAAUUUUGUACUUUUCUUGGUUUGAUAAAAACAACGAGAAAUUGCAACGUUUGCAAAAUCUGGAAAAAUUGGGAAUUACUCUACUUCAAGUGUGCAGAGUUCUGAGAUAUUCGGGUCAAGAUGCGAAUGACGCUUUCGGAAAAUUGUACUUUAUUUUCUUCGAAUAUGAAGGGACGGAAACAUUUUAUUUACAAACGUUGAAAAAAGAUAAAGUGAAACCGGAAAAUAUAGUGAAUAUUUUGGAGGAAACGGGCACUCAAGUUGAUGAUAUUUUUCUCCACUUACACGCCCUUUGGUUUUAUAAUAAUGGCGAAAAAACUCGUUGCCUAAAAAUUCUCAAUUCAAGGGGAAUAAAUUUAUCCGAAAUUUGCGAACGUUUGCGAGGCGAAGGCAUUAACGCCGUAGAGGAGUUUAAAAAAUUCACAAAUUCAUCGAAAAUAAAUAAAGAUGUAAAAAUUAAAAACGCUCAAACGGAGCGAUUGAUGCCAAUUCGAAAAUUAAUAACAUCCCAUCGAAAGGAAAACGAAUACGCCGAAACUGUAUUUAAAAAUACAAACAGUUUGGAAUUUCAAGAAUUUUUUACUUUUCUCCGGGAAAAUAAUAAAUAUUUUGAAAUUCUCUCCAGGAAUCGAAUAAAUUCGAAGUAUUUCAAAAUUUUCAGAGGCUGUAAAUCAGCGUACGAAGCGAUACGAACAUUCAACGAAUUGUACAAUUCGUGGUUUAAGGAAAAUGGUCAAUUGAAGGCGUGGUUGAAAAAUUUACGUCGAAAGAACGUGAAAUUAAAUGAUCUCUUAGUGAUUCUCUUUGGAUCAGGAGACAAAGCAGCGGUAGCAUUUCGAAAAUUAUAUUAUCUCUUCUUUGACGCGAAAGGAAAUAAAACUCGCCACCUGACAUCAUUCGAGGAAAAUGGAAUCACUAUUCCACGGAUUAAAACAAUUUUCCAAAAAACAGGGGCCAAUGCCCCGGAAAUAAUAAAAGAAUUCCAUGAUUUUUGCUUCAACUUCGAUGGUGAAAACAAAAGAUACUUGAAUAACCUAAAAAAAGAGAAUAUCACCUUAAUCGCUAUGAUCGAAAUUCUAGAACCUGCUGGUUGCGAAAUAAAACAAGUCUUCCUUGAAUUAUAUCGUCUUUGGUUUGAUUUUCAAGAUAAGAAAACCGAGAGUCUCGAGAAAUUGGAGAGUAACGGAAUUUCUUUAAAAACAAUAACGAAUAUUUUGAUCAAAGAGGGAAAAAAUGCUCCCGCAAGUUUCAAAAAUCUGGUAAAACUUGUACUGAACAACGAAGGAGAACUACAAGAUUACAUAGCAAAUCUUGAAUCAGAACUCGAAUUAACAGCAAUAAUUAAAUUUGCAUCCGAAUUCGAUGUUUUGUAUUUCAAAAAAUUGUACAAUUUCUGGUUCGAUUCGAGAGGUGAAAAAACUGAUUGUCUUCGAGCAUUUGAAAAAAAUGGAGUCUCAUUGAAAUGUUUGGUGAAUCUUUUAACGGGAACGGAAACAAAGGUUUGUGUGAUUUUUACAAAAUUGUAUUGUGAAUUAUUCGAUGAACGUGGCAAGAAAACGGAGUGUUUGAAAAAUAUUGAAAAAGUCAUGGAAUUAAAAUCAAUGUUGGAAAUUAUUUGUGGAGCAAAUACAAAAGUUUACGAAACUUUUGGAAAUUUAUACAAACUCUGGUUUGAUAACGAAGGAAAAAAGACUGAUUGGCUUAUAAUGGUGGAAAAGAAGAAUUUUAAUUUGAAGAUCCUAUCGAGCUUAUUAAAUGAAUCAGGAGAAAAAGCUGCUGAAUGCUUUGAAGAAUUUUUCAAUAAAUUAGUCCACGCGUAAUUGAGGACCAAAUACUCGAAGAUUUUUUAAAAAAAGUAAGAGUUUGAAAAUUUUAUUAAUAACAUAAAUUAUUGUUUUUAUUUUAUAUUUUUAUAUUCUCUUUAUGUAUUUUUACUUAUACUCUCAUAACUUUUAUAUUCUAAUUACAAAAAAAAAUCUUUAUUUUUUUAUAUCCCUUCUUAGAGCAGGUUUUGAGAAGUGAAACACUAUUUUCUUGUAAAAUAAAUACACAAUUUUAUUUACAUGUA